ACCGAUUAGGUGCAAACCCAUUCGACCACUUCGAAAUUCAUGAGUGCGCAUUUUCAGAUUUUCUGCAGCUACCAACGCAUGCUACGGAGAGGGAUAAUAACAAUCAAUGGACUAGCUUGUUAGCUAGAUCUCAACAAAUGUAUGUAUACUUACACUUCAGUUGUGCAUUUUGUACAAUUUCAAGGCUAACCUUCCUCGCCUGAAGAACACUAUUGGAUGUUUUUAGAACAUGGCUGAGGACAGCGAGUGGGUUGUGGAGAGCAUCGCUGGAUAUUUGGGAAGUCCUGAAUGGGUCAUUCCAUACACUGACUUCUUGGAAAACAAAUGUACAAUUUUUGAUGACGAAGAUGAAAAUAAAUUGACUUAUACAGAAAUCCAUCAGCAGUACAAGCAUUUGGUGGAGAAGUUGUUAGAAACCUACAUGCAAGAGGUUGGCAUCAAUGAGCAGCAGUUUUUGGAGGCAUGCUCCUCUCCUUUCGCCAAGUCCAAAACCUUACAGACUGUAUUCCAGCCUGUCCUGGCCACAGAUGACUUCCAGAUGUUCAGGUCCCUCAUGGUGCAGAAGAACAUGGAGCUGCAGCUUCAGGCGCUGCAGGUCAUUAAAGAGAGAAAUGGCGCCCUGCCUGAGUGUCUCACAGAUGGAGCAGACGUGAUGAGUGAACUGGAGCAGCAGGAGAUGAAGAUUAUACAGGAGGUGCUCAAGAGGUCAAAGGAGGAUUAUGACCUAGAGAUGGCUCGGCGACUGCAGUCAGAGGAGGAGAUUGGCUCCACGUCCAGAAGCUGCUCUGAUAGGCCAGUUCUAGAGGCAGUCAGCAUCCAGAGACCCGCCUCCAUUCAACAGACCAACAAGGUGAACAGUACAUCUCCGAAGAGAGGGGAGAUGAAGGCUGCUGGAGGUGGUGGGCAGAUGAGUCCAGCCAAGACCAGCACAUCUGCCCCUUCUAAGUUGGCAUCAGAGCGGGGCAGUGCAGAGCCAAGGGUCCUUCCUGCAGUGAGGGUUCCAGUGAAGGGUACAGAGCCUCCGGCUGUCUCCAGGGAGAAGGGCAGCAGCCAGGCAGCAGAGGGCUGGAUAGAGGAGGCACGCAAGGAGGCUGGCAUCUCCAAGCCGUUCACAGAGUUGCCAGCAGAGCAGCAGGAGCAACUCCAGCAGAGGGCGCUGUAUCUGAGGCAGCAGAGGGACAAGCUUCAGGCCAUGAAAAGAGAGCAGAGACUCAAACCAGCCACACCAGAGGAACCCCCAGCCCCCCCUGCACCCACUCCCAGCACACCGGACGAUGGUCCCAAAAUGAACAGGGGUGGUGCUAGUAGUGUACAUGAAGAGAGGGUCAAUGCCUCCCAGCCUGCGAGCUUUCCUGUUGGGGGACAUAAACCCAAGGAGAUCUCUGUCGAAGAUAAAAAGAAGUUGCAGAAAAGAAAACAUCUGGCCGAAAAACUGAAAGAGGAAGUAAUCAAGAAGUAAACGCAACUGCAAUACCCCCCGUAGUCAAACUGGACUGUAAAUUAACCUGGAAGCUGAGAUGGACUGCGCUUUAGAGGGGUGAAAGGUGCAUUAGAAUUGGAAGAAUGCAGUAUUAAAGUAGAUCUUGAUAGAAUCAGGGGUGCAUUAAUAUUAACUAUGUAAUAUCAUGUAUGCUGUUGAAUAAAUCCUAUUAUUUUAUA